AUGGACCACCAGGAGCCCUACUCGGUGCAGGCCACUGCGGCCAUCGCGGCGGUCAUCAUCUUCCUCAUCCUCUUCACCAUCUUCGGCAACGCGCUGGUUAUCCUGGCUGUGUUGACAAGCCGCUCGCUGCGCGCCCCACAGAACCUCUUCCUGGUGUCGCUGGCCGCGGCUGACAUCCUGGUGGCCACGCUGAUUAUUCCUUUCUCCCUAGCCAACGAACUGUUGGGCUACUGGUACUUCCGGCGCAUGUGGUGCAAGGUGUACCUGGCGCUGGACGUGCUCUUCUGUACCUCCUCCAUCGUACACCUGUGUGCCAUCAGCCUGGACCGCCACUGGGCAGUGAGCCGAGCCCUGGAGUACAACUCCAAGCGCACUCCACGUCGCAUCAAGUGCAUCAUCCUCACCGUGUGGCUCAUCGCAGCUGUCAUCUCGCUGCCAUCUCUUGUCUACAAGGGUGACCAGGGUCCCCAGCCCCGUGGGCGCCCUCAGUGCAAGCUCAAUCAAGAGACCUGGUAUAUCCUGGCCUCCAGCAUUGGAUCCUUCUUCGCACCCUGCCUCAUCAUGAUCCUCGUCUACCUACGCAUUUAUCUGAUUGCCAAACGCAGCCACUGCAGAGGUCCCAGGGCCAAGGAAGCCCCUGGGAAGGGUGAGUUUCAGCAGUCCCAGCAGGUCCCUGGGGGAACUUUAGCUUCAGCCAAGAUGCCAAAUCUGGCCUCUCGUCUGGUUGCUGUGAGAGAGACAAAUGGAUGCUCCGAUCCCACUGGGGAGAAGGAAACGGGGGAGACCCCUGAAGAUCCUGAAACCUCUGCCUUGCCACCCAGCUGGUCUGCUCUUCCCAACUCAGGCCAAGAUCAAAAAGAAGGAAUUUGUGAGGCAUCUCUGGAGGAAGAAGCUGAAGAGGAGGAGGAGGGAGAGGAGAGGGAGAAAGAGUGUGGUCCUCAGGCCAUGCCAGCAUCUCCUGCCUCAGCUUGCAGCCCAACACUGCAGCAGCCACAGGGCUCCCAGGUGCUGGCUACCCUCCGUGGCCAGGUGCUCCUGGACAGGGCUGUGGGCACUGCAAGUGGCCAGUGGUGGCGUCGGCGGACACAACUGACCCGGGAGAAGCGCUUUACCUUCGUGCUGGCUGUCGUCAUUGGGGUCUUUGUGCUCUGCUGGUUCCCUUUCUUCUUCAGCUACAGCCUGGGUGCCAUCUGCCCACAGCAGUGCAAGGUGCCCCAUGGCCUCUUCCAGUUCUUCUUCUGGAUCGGCUACUGUAACAGCUCGCUGAACCCUGUCAUCUAUACUAUUUUCAACCAGGACUUUCGCCGUGCCUUCCGAAAGAUCCUUUGCCGCCAGUGGACCCAGACGGCCUGGUGAGCCCGCCUGCCCACUGCCCGUGUAGGGUUGGUGCCAGGUGGCACCAGGGCUAUCCUGCUUCUUGCCCUCUUUUAUGUGGCCACCUUCUGGGGGCUGUCUGGUCCCUUCCCAGGUCCUGAAGUUCUCAUCUUGGAAGCCCCUAGGAGAGGCAAGCAUGCGGUUCACAGGUGGUCCAUGAGAAGUUUCGUCAUGCUGACUUGGCUGUGGGGAUGUGUGUUCCACUCCCUACCUGAACAUGAGCAGGUAGAUGAGGCUUAACCCUUCCUGAAUGAAGCUGGGGCCACAGUAGGCUAGAACACUUCCUCCCAGAAUGUGUCCUACUAGCCAAUGAAUGGGUUUCCCUUUCUUAAUGACCCAGGUCACUUACUUGUGAUGUUCUUGUGGCUUUCUCAUCUUUCUCCCUGUGAAAAGCAGGGAGCCAAGACUUCCACUUUCCCCAGGUGGACCUGCUGCUUAGGAGGAGGCAGACACUGGGCCUGUGCAUCCCCACUGGGUGCUGUGGUUCCCAUCAGGCACUGGGAUAGGGGUUAUGGGCUUUUCUGGACUCUGUUUACCUCCCUUUCCCCAGCUUUUGGGUUUGUAGCUCUUUAAAGGCCAGAAGCAUGGAUCAUUUUCCACGCUGGGCACCCCUCUGGGAGGUGGGUAGGCACGUGGAUGUCUCAGUGGGGCAGUCUAGAGGUCUGAUCUCUGCCGCCACGGGAGAUUCCUGAUCACUAGCAUUCACCCCUUGCAGAAACUGGGGCCACAACAGCAUGCCUGCCUACCUUCCACAGGGAGAUGAAAGGCUUUGCAGAAAGCUUUGAGCUCCAUGAGGAAAAACGCACUAGAGAACCAGAAAAUGUGGUUAUUCAGUGAUAUAAAAAUCCCCUUUCUCUGUGUUUACCACCACCUGUCUUCCUGUAGACUUUUGUUCUGUGCCUGGGGUGGGUGAAUUCCUACCCCAAACUGGAAGAGGGGAGUGGCAGACAGA